GUACUUUGGCGGGACCACCUCGACUCCGCAAGAAGUGGUUUUCUCAAGCAACUACUGGACAGAUGUGGUGAGCUUGGUGAAGAACAGAAGGGCAAUGGCUGAAUACCUCACCAUGACCCCAUCCUUCAAGGAGGAGAUCAAAAAGGUGGACGAGCAGUAUGCUGCAGAAGCCAAAAGCCGGAAACAACUCCUAAAGGAGAUGGGUAGCGUUGUUGAGGCUGCUGAUGGUGCUGGUGAAGACCUGGAGGAGGGUGCAUCAGAAGAGGAGGAGGAAGAGGAAGACAACGGAUUCCAACACAUGCUUGUUGGAGAAAAGCCUGAAGUUGCGCCUGAGAACAAGACUGCAAAGGCAGCAAAGCUUCGGGAGCAAGUUCUGCAGUUCAAGAAGGCAGCGCAACGGAAGGAGGAAGAGCUUCUGAAAUGGUUGGAGGCUGAAGUAUUCAGGGCCAUGCAGGAUCCGAAGGACGCAUUGUUCAGCCAAGAGCUGAUGCAG